UGCAAAAUGCAUUCUCUCUCAGAGCGUAUACCUCUGCUUGCACUUGAAGUUUGAACCUGCCUUGAAAUUUAACUAUAAUUCAUCGUUUCUUUAGCAGUUCGUUCAUCUUCGUUUUCUUAUCCUCCGAUUAAUUACGACCGAUCGAAACCUCAUUCUUUGCUAAUUCUCUCUUGCUUUUAAUUUAAUAUUUCCGUAUAAUUUGUACCUUUUUGUUUUUAUUCUUAAUUUUUUUGGGUUCUUAGAUUCGAUCCUCAUAUUUGACAUUAAUUUCUGUCGUUCAUUAAAUUCAGCGAAUAUGUUGUCCCGCAAUGCUUAUCGUCUUCUUUCCAGAAACGUAUUCAAACACGGUGGUAAAAGUUUUCAGUCUAAUUUACACUCUGCUUCUUCCAAGCCAAAUUCUUUUUUUCGAGGCAAUUGGAAGCUUUGGAGCUUACUUGGUAGUUUCUCUGCCGGUUGGAUGAUAUAUGACAUGUCUGAUGUACGCAGCUUUAUCCAUGGUCGCAUUGAAAUGCCAUUGUUCCAUGCUUUUACUACGCCAGAGUUUUCUCACAGCGUAGCUGUUCUUGCUGCCUCUUGGGGCAUCACUCCUCGUGACUUUACUCUUGACGACCAAGCUUUAGCUGUAGAGGUUUGGGGAAAGAAAUUUUCUAAUCCCGUCGGUUUGGCUGCUGGUUUCGACAAGCAGGCUGAUGCUAUUUCCGGUUUAUUGAAUUUCGGGUUUUCAUAUUUGGAAGUUGGUUCUGUCACUCCCUUGCCUCAACCUGGUAAUCCCAAACCUAGAUACUUUCGCUUGGAUCCCGAUUUAGCAGUGGUGAACCGUUAUGGCUUUAACUCACAAGGUCACGAAGCUAUUCUCGAAAAGGUUCAAAAGCGUAUUCGGAAGUAUAUUGCUAAAAACAAGCCAGGGCUUUUGAAAGAUUUCGAUGCAAACCCUGCUGCUUACACUGAUCCCUCUGUUCUUGGCGUCCCGCGUAGCUUACUUCCCAACAAGUACUUAGGUAUUAACUUGGGAAAGAACAAAAACGGAAAUGAGAUUGAAGAUUAUGUAACGGGUGUCCGCAACUUUGGCAAUUAUGCCGAUGUUUUGGUCAUCAAUGUUUCUUCUCCAAAUACUCCUGGUCUCCGUAGUCUCCAAAGAAAGUCUGCCUUAACUGAACUAUUGUCAGCCACCAUUGCCGAACGCAAUAAGCUGAAUGCUCCUAAUCCUCCGCUUGUGGUUAAGAUUGCUCCCGACUUGUCCGAAACAGAGCUUGCCGACAUUGCUGCUGUCUUGAAAAAAUGCAAGGUUGACGGUGUAAUCGUCGGCAACACUACCAUUCAACGUCCUGAUACCUUAAAAUCCACGAAGCACGUUCAAGAAACAGGUGGUUUGUCUGGUCCUCCCUUAAAGCCCAUUACUCUGAACACCCUCCGUACAUUACGGAAACACUUGUCAUCUGACAUUCCUAUUAUCGGCUGUGGUGGUAUUUCUAAUGGUAAAGAUGCCAUUGAAUAUGCUCGCGCUGGUGCUUCUAUGGUUCAAGUAUACACUGCUCUUGGUUACGAUGGACCUGUUGUCGCCCAUAAAAUUAAGCAAGAAAUUCUUGCCGAAUUGAAUGGAAAGCGUUGGGUUGAUAUUGUUGGUAAGGAGAAUUAAGCGUUACUGAGUGCUCAAACAAAAUUGUAUAAUUUAGCACGAUAGAAUCAUACAUGUGUAUAUAUUUUUGGUUUCCUGAAUAUAGAAAAAAGGCAUAUCCGAUUGCUGCUUUCAGUGUAACAUAAUAAAUUAAAUAAUUCUUAGAUUUAAAAUAGAACUUAGUAUUUUGUUUGAAUUCAAUAUUAGGAUUUGAUUUAAUGCCUGUGAGACAAUCGUUUAUAC